AUGACUCCCAGCUAUGACGAUGCUCGUGACAUGACAACCGACAGCUCAGUCCGUCUUCGCCCCCCCCUUCCCCACCCCUCUAGCUCCAUCUUCUCUUAUAUCCUCCAACUCAUAUCAACAACUUUAACACCAGUACUCAUUAAACUUUUAUCAUUUCAUUGGGCCUCCGGACCGGUUCGGAGGUAUAGCUCUUCAAAUCGGAGUCGGAUCAUGCGAUGGUUACAGGCUGACCGCCCUCUUGCCCCUGUCUGCCCUGAAGACAACUGGAUAGGCCUACAGGGGACGAACGUCGGUGCCGUUUCGACGCUCUCUCAUGUUCACUGUUGCACCCUUUUGCCUUCUGGCUCGCCACCAAUUCGCCCCGCUCUACCCAUUUCAGACUUGCUCCGCCGAGUCAAACUACUGUCUACAAGCACAACUCAUCUCAGCAGUACACGUAGAAAAGUGACUCUCUUGCAACAUCCUAGUUGCCAUGCCAAACCGUUUCUGUGUCAUUGCCCAAUUUCCAGUCUAAUCAGCUCUACUCCAUUCUAA